AUGGAAUGGGGUGUAGGUACAUUUAUUGGAGCUGUUGGGAAGAACACUGGCCAAUGUCCAACUGAUCAUACCCCUACUCUGUUGCUUUUUAUUCAUUUCGUUUGUGGCAUAUGGUUGUUAGUAAAACGCAUCAUUGGUGCUGUUUGUAUGCGCAGAGAUUAUGAUGGGAAAGUGACUCCUGAGGAGGUGGCAGCUGCGGCAGUGUACUUGAAGGAUACUUUAAGCAAGGAGGGAGUUCAUGAACUCAUCAACAACCUUUCUAAAGACACAGAUGGGAAGAUUCUUGUUGAAGAUAUUGUGAGGCUGGGGAGUCGAUCUGAAGAUCCCAAUACAACUGAAGCCGAGGGAUCAUAG